AUGUCGCGGAGCUCUGGCGUGGGGGUGUGCAGGGGUCUGGCUCUCCUGGCGAUGCUUUGCGCCUGGGGGGAGAACGCUCGCGGAGGUAGCCUGGAUCUGGAUGCGAGCUCGGGGCAAGAGCGGGAGGCCAGUCGGUCCCCGCGGUCGGAGGAGGCCCCAGCCCCGUGGGACGUCCUGCACAGGAACAGGCGCAGCUGGGUAUGGAACCAGUUCUUCGUGUUGGAGGAGUACACGGGGAACGAGCCGCUCUACGUCGGCAAGGGUUGA